AUGGCUGUCGCCUACCUGCUGGGCAACGGCUCCGCGCCGCUCCUCGCCGGCGCCCUGGAGGUCCCCUUCGUCACCAACACUUCUGCCACCGCUUGUCGCUCCGCCGCUUCGCUCUGCACGGCCGCGCCGCCCGGAGCUUGGGGCAACGCCUCGGCGGCAGCGGUGGGCUGGAACCGCUCCGAACCCUGCGGCGGCGCCAACGGGAGCGCGGGUGGCGGCGGACCCUGCGCGCCUACAGGCGGCGGCCCCUCCGUGGUCACGGCCAUCGCCAUCAUGGCCCUUUAUUCCGUGGUGUGCGUCGUGGGGCUCUUCGGCAACUUCUUGGUCAUGUAUGUCAUCGUCAGGUACACGAAAAUGAAGACUGCCACCAAUAUCUAUAUUUUCAAUCUUGCAUUGGCAGAUGCCCUAGCAACAAGUACUCUGCCAUUCCAGAGUGUGAAUUACUUGAUGGGAACAUGGCCAUUUGGUACCAUCCUGUGUAAGAUUGUUAUAUCCAUAGACUACUACAAUAUGUUCACCAGUAUCUUUACGCUCUGCACCAUGAGUGUGGAUCGCUAUGUAGCUGUGUGCCACCCAGUUAAAGCCCUUGAUUUCCGUACCCCCAGAAAUGCCAAAAUUGUCAAUGUCUGCAACUGGAUUCUUUCUUCUGCCAUUGGCCUGCCAGUUAUGUUCAUGGCAACUACUAAAUACAGGCAUGGCUCUAUUGACUGCACACUUACAUUCUCCCACCCUGCAUGGUACUGGGAGAACCUCCUGAAAAUCUGUGUGUUCAUCUUUGCCUUCAUCAUGCCAGUCCUGAUCAUUACUGUGUGCUAUGGGCUGAUGAUUUUACGCCUGAAGAGUGUUCGCAUGUUAUCUGGCUCCAAAGAGAAGGACAGGAACCUGCGGAGAAUCACUAGGAUGGUUCUUGUAGUGGUGGCAGUGUUUAUUGUCUGCUGGACUCCCAUCCACAUUUAUGUGAUUGUUAAAGCCCUGGUCAACAUCCCUGAAACUACUUUCCAGACCGUCUCAUGGCACUUCUGUAUUGCUCUAGGGUACACAAAUAGCUGUCUUAAUCCAGUCCUUUAUGCGUUUCUAGAUGAGAAUUUCAAAAGGUGUUUCAGAGAGUUCUGCAUCCCCACUUCCUCAACCAUUGAGCAGCAAAACUCCACUCGAGUCCGACAAAACACUCGUGACCAUGCUUCCACUGCCAACACUGUGGACAGGACUAACCACCAGUUGGAACUUCAGGAAGCUGAAACCACUCCACUGCCGUGACAGGGUCUCCUGCUGCAUAGCUCUCAAAGCAACUGUGCACCAGUGCCACAGUGCGUCUGGGCAGUGUGCUAUGGGAAUGUGUAGGAUACAUUUUCCCUCCAAAAUACACAGAGGAAAGUGCCUACUUUUCCAGUCCGUAAAAAUUGCUUCUGCAGCACUUCUCCAUUGCAUACAACAGAAGCAUGAAACUUAACAGCAAGCAGAGCCAAAAGAUAUGGGCACUUACUAAGCUCCAGUGUUCAAAACAGUCAUGUUUCAGUAAGGAAUAUGUGCACUAAUCUUAAACAUAGCUGCUGUUCCUGUAACAAUCUGACAUGAUCUUGACAAGUUACAGUGGUGUUGAAACAGGUUGAAACAAAAAUUGAAAGACUAGACAACUAUAGUUUGAAAAAUAGAGGUGAGCUUUUAAUGAUGGGAAAUCAAGUUGUAAUACUGUUGAGUACUCUUAAAAUUUAUUUGUAGAUGUUUUCUGUGCAGGCUGGUGUUGUGUUAAGUUUCACAAGAUGAUCUGGAGCAAGACCCUUGCAGUUCAAGAGGUCUUCUCUUACAAGAACUGUCUGUUCCACAGUUUCAAAGGGAAAACUUAACAGAGAAAACCCUCCAACCUUCACUUUCUGCUAUUGUUUCUUAACAUUAAAAAGAGACUUUAAAAGCAAAACAAUGAGAUCACUUCUUCUAAAAGAGGUGAGUAUAUGAAAGUGUUCCAUGUGGUUACUGGUUAUCAAAUGAUUCCCCAGAACAGUACAGACUGUAUUCAACGUAAAUUCCCAUGUAUG